AUGUCGACUUCAAUAUUGCUUGUUUCGAAGUUUUUUAGUAACGAACAGAAGCUUCAGUUUGCUGAAAAUCUUGCACUGGAGCUUGAAAGCCUGGAAAAUGCUGCUAUUCUCAGCGACCUCAUCGCGGAGCUCGAUGCAACUACCAUUGACAAGAUUUACCCACAACUUCUUAAAUUUGCCAGUCAAGCCUCUUUCAGUGACGAUGCUGCAAAGAGAGACCAGGCAAUUCUGUUUAUUUCGCAGUCUCUGCGACUCUGUAACGAUAUUCUCACUGUUUUGCACAAUGAAUUGAAUCAGGGCAUCACCAGCCAUUUCAGUUUUGUGACGGGAUACUCUGACUAUGUCAUUGACGUUCAGAGUAGCAAUGAUAAUGAGGCUUCGAAGGAAACCAUCUUGAAUUUGUUUGAGUUUUUGUCCUUAUUGUACACUAAAGUGGAGAUUCCUCAGAGUGAUAUGGCCAGCUCCACCGAUCGCCUUCUCUGUCUCUUUUUGGGCCAUAAGGACGACGAGAUCUCCGGCUCGUGUUCGAAACUCAUGCGAUGGAGAAUCAGGGCCGUGAUCAAUGCUUGUAAAUCUGACGAGACCAGGGCUAAAUACUUGUGGGAUAUAAUAUUUCAGUUGAUCAACACUGGCAACUCCAAGAGACAACAAUUCAAUGCAUACAUCAUGUGGCUCAGAAGUUUGAAUACGGAUACUGAAGGAUUUAAGAUCGACAAUUACUUCCAGGAAAACGUCAUCAACCAGGACUUCUACUGGGAGGUUUUGCAAAAAGGUUUGGUGAGCAACUCGCAUGAAAUCAGAAAGUUCUGUUUGUCUAUUCUUCAGCUCUCAUUAAAAUCGAUCUCCAGGUCAUUUGUGGUGUCUAUUUUAUCUUGGGAUGUCUCCAAAGAAAAGAAUCUUUUCACCGAAUGGAGCAGAUAUACCACUCUUUUUGAGAUUUUGGGAAUUGACACCUCAUUGCACCAGACGCAAGCUGCGGUCAACGACAUUCUCGCCUUAAUCUCCACCGAUUCUCUCAUCCAUCCCUCGUGGGGCUUUUGUCUUCUUUCCACAGGUUUUCAGGCCUCCAUGGACUCAGUGCGGAAGUAUUCCUUGCAGAUUCUUCUCUCCAUUGAAACUAAGAACUUGCAGUUGAUUCGUCAUGCCCUUCCAUUUCUUGAAAACACAUUCUUGCCAUAUAUGAUGCUCUCGCGUCACUUUGCCGUGAGACAAGUGAGCUUACAGUCCAAUGAACUUCAAUGUACUUACGGCAACAAAUUCAGCACCUUCUUAUGUAAUAUCAUGUCCAGUUUACUCACUGAUGAAGAUGCUCAGGAGGUUGCCCUCUCCAUUCUUAGAGUCUUGGACAGUUUCAGAGAGAGUUUCGAUGCUGUGAAAAUCUAUACUACUUUGGGAUUACUCAGAGGCUUACAUGGUAAAAGGAUAUUACAGUUUGGAAUCCAUGACAAGUUGAUUUUGAGGUUGUUUGAUAACUUUUCGGAAGGUGAGCUCUAUAAAACGACGGUCCAGACAUUGAACAUCAAGCUUUUAUUACAUUUCAAGCUUGAAUCACUUGACCAAUUCGUCGAGAUCUUGUCUCAAUUCAACAGCUUCAAUGGAUACUCCAUUUUUGUCAAUCACAUUGAGGAAGUUGCAAAGUACCUUCUGAUUUCCGGGUAUUCAAAGAAAGACUUGAUCGAUUACUGCCUAAAAACCAAAUCCCACGACGCAACGAGGAUAUUUGUAUGGGCGGUCACAUCUUCUGUAUACGGAUUGGAUGAUCUGGUGACUGAACUUUUACUGACAAUGUCAGAUGGUUUCUUGGUAUCUCUCUUGCGAAGCGGAUUGAAUGUUGGAGCGUUUUCAUCAACACUUUUGGAACGUAUAGAUAACAUUAUCAAACUGGCCGCUAAUAAUGGCCUUGACAUGCAACUGUACGCCGUGCUUAGUCAAUGCAAACUUACUCAGAUCCAACUUUCGCUGAUCGACAUUUCGACUCUUUAUAAGUCAAUUGUGAAUGAUAUCCAAUCGGACGAUUACGGAGUUCUCUCUGGAUCAUUUUCCAAAUUCAGUUUCUUUAACAACUACGUCAUUGCUUUUGGCUUCAAUGAUCUUAAAUUGGAUGUUGAAGAGCUCGCCAAAUUGAAGAAGCUCAUUUUCAACAAUUCCUCUAACUGCUCUAAAACCGUCACUGACUUUUACAAGUUGAAGGAUUCAGUGAUUGGUGAAUAUCAUCGUCUUCUUGCUGCAUACGUGAAAGCCACAAAAAUUUCAGAGAAUGACUUCUCUCAGAUCUCAGAACUUUUGAGCUUUGGUUCAACCCAUUUCUGGACAUUGCAUUCCAUUGGUGAGAUCUUGAAAGAGGUGUUUGAUCGCAGACUUCUCUCUGACAAUUCACUAGACAAGACCAUUAUGGGCUUGUCUGAAUCCAUCGUCGAGUUAAACUCUGAGAGAUUUAAGUUGUCCGAUAAAGAGUUGCAUGCUCUCUUAAUUGAAGACAUGCUUCAUCCAUUUGUUUUGGAGUCAACCAUCAGAAUCGAAUCUACCAACUCUGCAGUUGCCUCAUUCUGUCGGACGAUGUUGGCUAAUUCGCAAGGUAGACGAGGGAUUUUGACUCGUUUGAUGAAGGCUCUUUCAAACUUCCAAGUCUCCAACUCCAGCCACUUUGAACAAUUGCCAUUCAUUCCAGAUUUCUUGAUCCGUGCCUGUACUCACCGCCAGCUCCAGCAUAGUGCAUUCAGACUUGAAAUUGUGGUUGGAAUGCUCUACGAUGAGGAGUUGAGCCCCAAUUCUUCCAGCAUUUAUCAAAAUGUUUACGGCGUGGACGAGGUCGCAGGGAAGAUAUGGACAUAUGCUAUUUUGAAUUCCAUCAAGACUUCAGCCUGUGCUCAAGCUAUUAUAGAUGAAAUCUUCGCUGAGGAUGACGAAUUUGGUUUGUUUAAUAUUGUCAAGACCACCGACGGAGUUGAAGAGUACACCAGAACUCAACUCAUGAAAACUAUCCUUUCUGUCGCUGAUAAAGUGGAUGUCGAAUACUCCAUUGACAAGUAUCUCACUCACUACAUUUACCUUGUGGAGAACGAUCCCAGUCCACUAGUCAGAGUGUACACGGAAUGGUGCAUUGCUAAUCUCUUGUUAAAGAAACAUCUGUUAUCAGAAGAAUUCUUCCAUAGGCUCAUUCCGUCCCUCGAAACACACGAAAUGAAGCCAACAUUGGUGACUGUUUACGAGAGAAUCUUGUACCUCAUGAUUCAGUCCAUGGAGAAAGAAGACGAGAUCAAGUACUUGACCAAACUCAUCACGAUCAUUAUUCCAGCUGCAUCCACCAAUAAGGCUAUUACUAGACACUUUUCAAUGUCGUUGGCUACUUCUGUCUACCAGGAGAUUCGCAACAAGGGCUUAGUUCUUGAGCCAAGUGUCAACUCUAUCGUGGACAAUAUGUAUAAAAGUGCAUUGGCCUCCGAUGCAUUUGGCCAACACAGAAGUGGAGAUGCUCUUCUCUGGGACAUUGUGGAAGACUUGGAUCUCGUCAAUAUUUCUGGUGGUCUCCUUCUCCGUUUGUUUGAUAGAGAAGUGGAGUUCCUCACUCAAGGAGAAAUCGCCAAAUAUUUGAACCAAGAUCAGGCGGCAUUGCUCACGCAUCCAGUGGGGAAGAACAAACAUGAGCUUUGGGUCAGCGAGCUCAAAUCAGACAGAAAUACCGUGGCUGCGCUCCAGGAAUCAAGUGACAUUUCUCAGUCUCCUCUCCAGACCAAGAGUGGGGCCUGGAGCACAGUCAUGGAUGUGGAUGAAGGAGGCCCUGAGGUUGUCCGGAGUGAUUUGAUUGUGGUGGCAUCCUUGGUGGACAAACCACCCAAUUUGGGAGGAAUUUGCCGUUUAUGUGACGUUUUGGGUGCUGGAACGUUGACCUUGCACGAUUUGAAGGUGAAGAAUCAUCAGCAAUUCAAAAGCGUGGCUGUCACCGCAGACUAUUGGAUGCCUAUGAUCGAGGUCAAGCCCGAGUCAAUUGUUGAAUACCUCCGGGAACAAAAGGCUGGUGGAUAUACACUCAUUGGAUUAGAACAGACAGACAAAUCAGUUGUUUUGGACAACAAGCUCCAAUUCCCCAAAAAAUCGUUGAUCUUACUUGGAAGAGAGAAAGAGGGUAUUCCUGGUGAGCUUCUUGCUGAGUUGGAUUUCUGCGUGGAGAUCAACCAAGUGGGAGUUAUCAGAUCUAUGAACAUCCAGACGGCCACGGCUGUCAUUGUCCAUGCUUAUUCGACACAGCACUGUUGA